AAAAAUGUAAAUAAAAUAUUCAUUUCAGAAAAAAUACAAUAUUUAGAAAAAGAUAAAAUAGUUCACAUUUUGGAAAUUAAUAACAUAAUUGAUAAAAAUAAAUUUAAGAAAAUGUUUUUGGAAGUGUUUCUGAGCCUAAUCCUAAUACUCUGGUAUUAUGUUAAAUUUCCUCAACAAAAUUCAACGAAAUCGAAUACGAGCCCAAAGAGGAGUCCAAAAACGAGACCAGCUAAUUUAGAUAUACCGCAAUUCCGGGAGAUAACGGAAUUAUGUAGUAAUCUACCACAAUAUGCCAAUGUGCGCAGCUGCAACUGCUGUCCUUAUGGCUACCACAUCGACUUGGAUUUCGUUCGUUACUGUGAAUCGCUGGCCAAUGCCAAGCCAUCGGAGGAGGAGUUGCAACGGCGCAGUCGACGUCGCUCACGAAAGUCGAUGGAAUUUAUGUUGGGUCUGGACUCAAUAUUCGAUCAAUGGGAUGCCAUCGAUAAGCCGCAAACAUUGACGGAGCUUCCCCACGAAAGUGAACCCGACUCCCCCUUUGCCAGUUUGCAGCGUACACCAUCCUUCACCUCCACCACCUAUCAAUAUCACCAACCUCCUAGACAACGAUCCUCGUCAGUGCCCCGUUAUGGCUCAACAACACCCACACCCUAUCCCCGUUCAGAGUCACCGUUUGGCACAGCCUCAUCCACCUGUUCGUCAUAUCGUGGUGCUGAAAGUGAUCAGGCUCCCUAUCCCAUCAGACGUCCGGCCAACAGCCCACCGGAAACAAAGGCAUUUUUACGUGAUGCGCUCGAUGAGGUGUGCAGUGAUUUUGAACGUACGCUGGAGAGAGCGUCCAUGAAGAGAAAGAAAUUGGGAUAUCGUGAUGAUGCUGGGGGUGGUGGUGGGAGAGGCAAAUAUGAUCCGGGUUAUUUGAGUGAUAGAAAUAACAACAACAAUAGUCCCUAUAUUAAGGGUCUGAGUUAUAAUUAUCAGGAUAAACGUUAUAAUGGCUGGUCCUGGGAUACGGCAGAUGGGCCGCAAAGCGGUGGAGAUUCUUGUAUAGCUGGCAAUAAGUCCCCAAGAUCAUCACGCAUCUACUCCAAACCACUGCCGUUCCAGCAAAAACUUUCACCGGCCGAGCAACAAUAUGAGUCAUAUGUCAAGGCCACCGUGGCGGCCAAUGCCAAAUCUCCCGUUGAAGAGUUAUUGGUGGGCGCUGAUAGCGGCCUCAGCCCUACAACACCUCCAGCUCCACCACCACGUAAACAAUCUUUGGUAAAGUCAUCGCUAACAAGUCCCAUGUCACCUUUGCUGCCGGCAUCAUCAUCAGUCAUUGCCAGUCCCAAUGUCCAGGAAACAAGUCAAGAAUCCAUAACAACAGAGAAAUUUACCACAGUCACCCUGACAUCGGUGGAUCAUAAUGCAGCCGCCACAACUCCCACAACACCAGCUGCCGAUGCCCAAACUCUCUUCAAUAUCCGGCAACAAAUGGCUUUGAGUUUGAAACGCAUGAAAGAUUUGGAGGAACAGGUUAAGACUAUACCGGAUUUGCAGAGCGAACUGAAUCAACUGCGCGAUGAGAAGCAACGUCUGCAACAAACUGUACAACGCAAGGAAGAGGAGUUACAAAAGGCCAAGGAGGCAAAUCGUUUCUCCUCCUCACCCAGUCCAAGUCCGAAAAUAACCUCACCCGUUCAAUUCCAACCACAACGUGUCAGCCCAAUUUCUCUCGAGAGUUUGGGAGCACGUUUGAGGACCACAUCCACCUCAUCGGAAAAGCUGACAAAAUCUCCACCCACCCUAAAACGUGACGUCGGGACAAUGUGUAGCAAACAAACCACCAGAGAUAUUGCCGUUGGCAGCCCCUUGCCGGUACUCAAAACUACCAGGGAUGUGGCCUGUAAUGCUGCCGUCACCUCGAAUAUCAAUGAGAAUCUGUACACCAAAAUUGAGGUUGAGAAACGUAUUGAAUUGUGCAUAAGGCAACAUGAGGAGCUGAAGAAAUUGGAACGUCUCAAGGAUCUGAUAUCGGUUGGUACACAAAUGUACACCCCGAAAAAGGAUUUGCGGGAUUAUGGUGUCCAAACGAGGCCAGAUAAGCCGGUAACGAAAUAUAAUGUGGGUAUAAUGGUUCAACCGGCUACCAGGGAAAGUUAUACCAAUUGCAAGCCCGAUGUGAGAACCGUGGGUUGUUCGAACCACAGUAUCAAUGAUGUCCUUUGUCCCAAAUGUUUGGUAACCAAACACAAUGUGGCCUGUGGCACGGAGGAGCAAAACGUAGAAACACCCAAAUCUGUUUCCCUCAAACUUUUGGAAAUGCCUGGCCGCAGCAAUACAUUUACUCUGGGCGAGCAUGAAAAACUCAAUAUACAAAAGAAAACCCAAUGGACUCAAUACACCCCGGUGGCGGUACACUCUUCCGGCUGUCAAACUUCCCUGGCCACAGUGCAUUCGGUGGGUUUGCAAUUCUCUCCCGACAUGCAAAGCAGUGGCACCCAAUCAUCACUGGAUAUGAGUGCCAAACAGACUGAUACACGCGAUUUGAUACGUCUUAAUACCUCACAGACCAAUACCGAGGAAAUAGCACCACCCACACCCCCUGCCAAGGAAACUCGUUUGCCCACACCCAAACCGAUACUUUUCACCAAGGCUUCCAACACAGAAGUGAAGAAUUUCCGCGAUAAUGGCGUCAACACUGCACCCUUGGCUGAGACAAGCAACUCCUCCUCCAACACUGAGGCCAUACACAAACGUGACAUUGGCUGUGGUGAUGUGGUCAAGCCCCAUAUCUCUAUUGCCUGUGCCGAUAAUUACUGUGAUUCUUGCAAGGAUGCCAUUAAAAAUUUAGCCAAAGACUUUUCCAAAGUCUUGGCAAGUCCUCUACCCAGCCGUGCAGCAGAAUCGAAAAUCCCUCGACCAAAGGCAUUGCCAAGUCCCACGCCGCAGAGAAGGGUGUUUCAGAGGCAAAAUACUUAUACCGUGACACCAUCACCACCAUCCAGUCCGGUGGCGGAAAGAAAAAAUGUGGCAAGUUCCUUGCAGGAGAAACCUUCGCCAUUCCAUCAGCUGGACAAUGCUGGAGAAUCUCAAAGUUUCAUAACGGAACCUGUGGCCAGUGGCUCGAAGAAGCCUAGUGAAAAGCCCAACGAUGAGGAAACCGAUAAAAAUGCUAAUACUGCGGAAUCCCCAGAGACAUCACCGAAACGUAAAUCGCUUUAUGACCUCAGCCACUUUGAUGAUAAUGAGCUCAUUGUGCGUGAAGAGAAGCGGGUUAGUAUUAGUUGGUCGCGUGAUAAUUCACCAGCUCCAACAGUGACACUAUCCACGGAGGCGAAUGGCAAUGAUGAACAAGCAAUUGAAGUACAACCAACUCCAUGUGAGGAAAAGCCGAAAAAAGAAGAUGAACCAGGAGCCAAGGAACAGCAGGAAAUGGCGCAACCCAACAAACCGGAAAUAUCUCAGGGAGCUCGCAAGAAGACAUCACUCUUGCCCUCACCCAUUAAAUCUAGUCAGACGGCAAAGACGAGCCACAAAAUUGAAGAGGAAGCGCCAAAGGAAGAACCCAAAGCUUUGCUGCAGAAAAUUGCCACACGUGAGGCAGAGCCUAGGAAGAAGUACGUUCCACCCACAAACAUGUUGGUUGCCUGCAAGUCCAUUAACAACUCUUUGUUGAAGAAAAUGGGCGCCAAACCCAUUUCAUCGUUGAGCUUGAAAACUUCUAAACAAAUUAUCCAACAUGAAUGGUUCCGCAUUUCCAGUUCGGAAAAGGCCAAUCCCCACGAGGUAGAGGACUAUUUGGAUUGUUUUGAGGAGCUGUCCGUGCCAUUGCUGGAAUACUGUGUGAAUAUGGUGGAUUCGAAUGGCAACACCGCCAUGCACUAUGCCGUCUCGCAUUGUAAUUUUGAUGUUGUAUCCAUUCUGCUAGAUUCAAAGGUUUGCAAUGUAAAUCAAAUGAAUAAUGCAGGAUAUACCAGUGUUAUGCUCGUGUCAUUGGCUAAAUUGAAAAAUCCCGAACAUCGUACGGUCGUUGAACGAUUGUUUCAGAUGGCUGAUGUCAAUAUACGGGCAAAAAAGCAUUGCCAGACAGCCUUGAUGCUGGCUGUAUCGCAUGGUAACUUGGAAAUGGUACAACUGCUAUUGGCCAAUGGGGCCGAUAUUAAUAUUCAGGAUGAAGAUGGCAGCACGGCGCUGAUGUGUGCUGCCGAACAUGGACGUAGUGAUAUUGUUAAGCACUUGUUGACACAUCCCGAUUGUGACUCUUUGAUACAGGAUGCGGAUGGCAGCACAGCCUUCAAGAUUGCCUGGCAGGCGGGCCAUCGAGAUAUUGGUGUUUUCCUUUAUGUCCACGAACAAAUGUUGCGCAGCAAAAUGCCCAACCGUCCAGACACGGCUCCUGUCAAACACAGUCCGCCACCAACAUCACCACGUUUUACCCAUAAACGGCAACCCUCGAAAUAAUUUUAAUAUAUUUUUUUGUCGUAAGAAGCCAGUCUUAGUUGAAAGCGAACAAAUUGCAUAUUUAUUUCACUCGACUCCCACAAAAUCUGUCGGGCAUUUAAAAUGCUUACCCUCUUUUUUUUAUUAAGAAUAUAAUUUAGUUUUGGUUAUAAUUUAAGUGCAGAAAACAUAAACGUGAACAACUGGCAUUUUUUAGAUUUGUAUGAAAACAGUUACUUAUAUUAAAUUGUUAAGUUUAAUUUUAAAAA